AUGGCAGAACACAACGUGACCGCUAGAGAAGGUAUUGAGGAAAGACUGCCGCCUCGCAGCAUACCUGGCGUGUUCCGCAGACUCGAAAUCCAGAGAGAGCUCGAAAUCACCGAUUUCAAUUGGCACUCCGAUGAAGGUACUCAAUCCGGCACCCAAGAUUGUGACAUGCCAUUUGUGGAGCAACAAGAUAUAUCACAAUUUCACCCUCGACCUUGGAGUUUCCAACCUGGCGUCCCGACUGCUGAAAUGUCUGCUGGCGAGCAAGAGUUGUUGAUGCAGCUUUCCGGUAAUCGAGUCUACCAUCACCCGCGUAAAAUGAGACUCAAUUUGGAGCACCCCAUACCUUUUUACGCUACGCUCAAUGAGGACGUGCUUCCGAGUGUACAAGAAGCCCAACCUAUGACUUGUAUACAUGUUGAGAUCCCCGUCGGACACCCAUCAGCAACGUAUGAGUUCCAGCAAGGCGCUACAGAGCCCGAACUCUUCCUGGCCAACUUGAGGUAUCCGUCCGAAGAGAUCCUAGCUUUCGACGCCGAAGUGACUUGUUGGCACCCUCUUCCGAGAAGCGGACAGAGCACGAGUGCAGCACCUCUUGAUGAGAUGGACGUCUAUAUCACGAAAGAAAAAAUGACAGUCAUCUCAAAGUUGGCAUCGCUCACUCAUAUAUCCGAUCAUGUGGCUCACGAAGCAUUGAAUGGCAAAUUUGUGACCGGUGUGAUGUCCGAGCCAGCAGAAGCUGCCAUGGGAAGGAGCAUCCAGCCCUUCGUUACCACCUGGCACGAACAAUACUUACCCUCCUUCGAAGGCAGCUUGACCCUUGUGCAAACCGAUAGAUCUAGUAACCAGCACCGACACACAACCAAUGCCAGAACUUUUCCCCCAGCGAAAGAUGUCACAAGACCUGAAGCUGAUGACGGAUAUUGUUUUGCCUCUUUCGCUUGGACUGCCCCCGGGAUCUUGAGUGACAUAUCCGUCAUGGGCCGGAACAGACCUUAA